CAUGUAAACAAACGCGGUGUCUCUCUCACGUGUGUCUUUUCAUCCUCACACCGAUCUGCUGUGUUUGUUCUUUUGUUCUUUUCCCUUGUCUGGCAUGGGUUACUUUCUCCUAGACCAAUAAUUCUCGCGUGUGACUUCAAUCUAAACCAGAUAUUUCACUCAAGAGUCCAAAAUGAGCUUCGAUAUACCAGAUUGGGGAAACACCAAUGCAUUUUCGUAUCAUUUCGAGCAGCCACUUGAAGUUCCUGUGGCAAUAACUGGAGGCAGCAAGAAACGUAAGGAUGGAGGAAAUACAAAAGUCCAGAAGAAGCGAAAAUUGAGCAAUAGUGCAGCUCAGGACAACUCACCCACUGCAGAGACAAAUAAGAAGAAAGAAGCUGAACAGAGCUUGACUGACACACCAGGUAAUCCGAGCGAGAAUGGCGUUCAUCAUAAGAAGAAUAAGAAUAAGAACAAGUACAAGGAGAUCAAUGAAGAGCAGAAGCGAAGGAAGGAAAAUGAUGGUAGCACCAAGUGGCAUCCAUCUCGAUCCAUACCAGAUGCAGGUUUAACUGUUGAUAAAGUUAUAAAUGUGUUAGAAGUGGAAGAGAAAAAUGGAGGCACAGAAGAGUCAUUUGAAAAGCAAAAGAAGAAAAGAAAAAUUGUUGAGGUCAAUGGUACAAAUAUCAAAGAUGAAGAUGCUGGCCUUAUUACACAGGACAAAAAAGUCACUGUGGCAGGACUUACUAAUGGAACUUCAGAGUCAAUUUCAGAAGUUGAGAAUGGAAAAGUACCUGGCAAGAACAAAAAACAAAAGAAGAAAAACAAAAAAUCAUCAGAAAAAAAUGAGGUUGAAAAUUAUGAAAUGUUAGCAGGACCUGUUACUGGGUCAGAUUUAAGCACAAAAAAGCUGAAGAAAAAUGGGGAAAAAGCAAUAAAAGAAAGUGUAAUUUUAAAGUUAAAGGAAGAACUACCAAAAAUAUCAGAAGAUACAAAUGAAAAAACACCAAAUAAGACUUUGAAACAGAAGAAGAGAGAGAGGGAGAAUUUAGAAGUAAGUACAGUUUCUAAAGGAAUCAUUAAAAAUUCAGAUCAGAAUGGAAGUUUGCAGGAAAUUCCUGGAGCUGCGGAUGAUGAAAUUGCAAUUAAAACUAAAAAGAAAAGGAAAAGGAAGAAAUCUGUAAAAGGAAACACGGUUCCUGCAGAACUUGCUACAGAAUCAAAUAUAGAUGAAAGCCAGCAUGAAAUUCCUGAUGCUGGGAAUGAAGAGGUGUCAAAGAAGACUAAGAAACAGAAGGAAUUGGAGAGAAAAGCUCUUGAAAAUAACCCAGAGUCUGCAAAUCAUACUGCAGAGUCUACUGUAAAGGAGAAUGUAAAGGAAAUUCCUGAAGGCUGCAAUACUGAAACACCUAACAAGAAUAAAAAGCAAAAGAAACAGAAGAAGGUUUUAGACAGUUUCACCAUAGAUAAUAAAGAUACUUGUACUGAUGUACAAACAGAAUCAACUUCAGAAAAAUCUUCAAAAACAGAGCACAAGAAAUCAAAGAAAAUAAAAGCUAAAACAAAGAAAAAUGUCCUCGAACCACCUAAUGAAGAAGAGAAAGCCACUACUAGCAAAGAACAAUCAAAUGCUAAGAAGGAGAAGAAAAAGACAAAGAAGAAGCAAGAGUUAAACGAUGAAGAGGAUGAAAAAGCUUUCUAUGCAAAAGACCCCCAGUUUACAUCAGACUUAGGUGCAUUACUGAAGGAGCUUGACUUUGACCAGUUUGAUCCUGGGGAUUUUGAGGAUGAUGAUGACAAUGACAACGACAUGACAAGAGAGGUAGAAGAUCUGUCCGAGGAAGAAAUGGCGGACUAUGAUGAAGAAGAGGGUGAGAAUAAAAGCUCAGCAGACAAAGUGCAGGAUGACGGAGAUGUUGCCGAUGAUGAGAGUGAUGGAGAGGUGGAAAGCAAGAGGAAAAAGAACAAAUUGGAAAACAAGAAGGAGGUUAUCUCAGAACCAAGCCCAAGAAACAAAAAGUUGGAUAAGAAGUUAUUAAAGGAAAUGCUAAAGAAAGAUGAGAAGACAGUAGCUUCAGAACCUGAACCCGAGAAGGAACAACCUAAACUGAGUGCUGCAGAUGCUUUGAGGCAGAAGAUGACUAUUCAACUCAAUGCUGCAAGAUUUAGGAUGGUGAACGAGGAGCUAUACACGACGACAAGUAAAAGCGCAAUGGUCAUGUUCAAAAAAGACCCUGAUGCAUUUAGGUCCUACCACUUGGGUUACCAAAAUCAGGUGGAGCAGUGGCCUAUCAACCCCCUUAAUAUUAUCAUUAAUUGGCUGAAGAAACAACCUAAGUUGUUGCUGACUUUGGGUGUGGUGAAGCCAGGCUGUCCAUAAGUGUUCCGCAGAAGAAGGUCCACUCCUUUGACCUGGUGGCUGCCAACAACAGGGUCACUGCCUGUGACAUGGCCCACACACCCCUGAAAUCAGGGUCUGUGGAUGUGGUGGUCUUCUGCCUGUCACUUAUGGGCACCAAUAUCAAGGAUUUUGUCACUGAGGCCAAUAGGGUGUUGAAGCAUGGUGGUAUCAUGAAAGUAGCAGAAGUGGAGAGCCGAUUUACCAAAAUUGACGAAUUCCUGUCCAGUGUGACACGUCUUGGAUUCCACUGCACCAUAAGACGGUCCAGCAAAAGUACUUCUACAUGUUUGACUUCAAGAAGAACCGUGAAUGCAAGAAAGCAAAGGAGGUGCCUGAGAUUGUGCUAAAACCAUGCAUGUACAAGAAGAGAUAGUGGUUGUUGAUUUUAUUUUUAUGGGGUAAACUUUUUUAUGCAACUUUUUUUUGUUGUGGUUUGUUUUUCUUUUUCUUUUUUAAUAAGGGAGGUAUUGGGGUAGAUGAAGUUACACAAUUUGUUAAAACUGAUGUGAACUGUAAGCAUUGUGAAUAUGGUUGACUUUUUAGAAAAUUAAAUAAUAAUGUAUUUAAUUUCCUUUUUGUGUACAUAUAAUGUAUGUAAGUCUACUGUAAAUUACCAUAUUUGUCAACACCAGAAGUAAUUAAUAAAAUAAAAUGGAUAAAAAGAAAAA